AGAGAGUGAAAGAGACAGAAGGAGAGGGAGUGAGACCAAAAAAGAAGGCUGAAAGCAAGUAAACACAGCCGAUCAGCUGCAGCUGACAGCAACCAAAUAUCGCAAUCUAAAUCUUUUUAUUUAUUUAUUUUUUACGGUAAGCACAGAGAGAAACAGACAGCAGUCUGUCGAUGCGAGUCUCUAUGAUUCAGAUCAGAAAGUGCAGGAGCAAAUAAAGGAAAACUGCACAAAUAAGUGGCUUAUUUUCGGGGUUUUUUUACCAUGGCGUAUCCUCAGGGCUACUUGUAUCAGCCGUCAGCUUCUUUGGCACUGUAUUCGUGCCCGGCGUACAGUACCAGCGUCAUUUCUGGACCCAGGACCGAGGAACUUGGACGAUCUUCGUCGGGGUCUGCUUUUGCUCCCUAUGCUGGAUCUACAGCGUUCACCAGUCCUUCGCCUGGCUACAACUCACAUCUCCAAUACAGCGCAGACCCUGCGGCGGCAGCAACAUUUACUUCGUAUGUGGGCUCCCCAUACGACCACACGACAGGCAUGGCUGGGUCUAUAGGAUAUCACCCCUACGCGGCUCCCCUGGGUUCGUAUCCCUAUGGAGACCCUGCUUACCGAAAAAACGCAACUAGGGACGCCACGGCCACUCUAAAGGCCUGGCUUAACGAACACCGGAAAAACCCGUAUCCCACGAAAGGCGAGAAGAUCAUGCUGGCCAUCAUCACCAAAAUGACCCUCACACAAGUGUCCACCUGGUUCGCCAACGCCAGGAGAAGGCUAAAGAAAGAGAACAAGAUGACAUGGACCCCGAGGAACAGAAGCGAGGAUGAGGAGGAAGACGAAAAUAUUGAUUUAGAGAAAAACGACGACGACGAGCCACACAAGCCCACGGACAAGGGGGACUCGACAGACACCGAGUCAGAACAUAAACGGAACCCGGGGGAAAUUACAUGCGACAGAUUUAAAGAUGAAAAUCUUGGCAAAGAGGUGGAUCCAGUUUUGACUGACUCGGAAUUAAAAGAACAAGAGGACCGGACAGAAUUGUCUCACUCUCCAAAACCCACCACUUCUUCUCCCCCGAACGUGCCUCGCGGAAACGAGAUUAUUGUGCAAGAGAAGCCGACUGAGCUCGUGCAAACAUCGAGCGCAGCGAGCGGCGUCAACUGCGGCAGCAACGCCACGUCUGUGAUUCAUUCUCUCCCCUCUGCCCCAAAACCAAAACUUUGGUCUCUCGCCGAGAUUGCGACUUCUUCGGACAGGUGUAAGGGAAGCAGCGACUUGCCGCAGGCCCCUGGAACGGGUCAAAGCUCCGUCAUCACGGCCAACGCGUCGUCGCCGUCGCGGUCACCGCCUCAGUGCCCGUUCCCAAACAGCACAGUACUUUCCAGGCCUAUUUACUACACGUCUCCCUUUUACCCGGGUUAUACGAACUACGGCACUUUUGGACAUCUCCACGGUAACCACGGCUCCAGCACGGGGUCCACGACACAUUUUAACGGAUUAAACCAGACUGUUUUAAAUAGGGCAGAGGCACUGGUGCGAGAGAGCAAAGCCAGGAGUCAGACACAAGUAGAUCUUUGUAAAGACUCCCCUUAUGAACUAAAGAAAGGUAUGUCAAACAUUUAAUAUUGGCCUCCUCCAAAAAAACAAGGACAUUUAUUUAUUAUAUGUGUUGGUUAAAAAGUAAUAAAAAACACUCCUGAGGAAACAAAGGUUAUUUUCAAUGAGAAAAUGCUUAUUCUGAAAUCUGGAUUUCCAAUCCAAAAAAAAGAAAAAAAGAAAAAAAAAUGUAACAUCUAAGAAUUGUCUUAAACGCUGCCGCCACCUGAGAAUAUUUGUAUUAAAACUAUAAUAUGUAUAUUUAAUGUAGCAUUUUGUAUUUAAAAUGGACAAUACACUAUCUUUGAAGUAAAUUAUGAUAAAUCACUUGUACAGCAGUGGUUUGGGGGGGAUAAAUAUAUAAGUUCUGUUGUUCAGAGAGCUUCAUAAUUCAAAGUAAUAACUUAUAUAUUUUGACCUCUGAUUCCCCUGAGUGUUAGCCAGUUCUUUUGCUUUCUUUAAAAAGAAAGACAUGCUUAUCGAUCAAUUUGCAGUCGCCUUGUAAAAUGUCAAUUAUUAAAAUGACGUUUAACAAUCCUACUAAAUAUGGCACCAUCUGCUUUGUGAAAUUGCUAGAUACUACAUUAUGGGAUAUUGUCUGCAUUAUAUGUUGGCAUGAUGUGUCCUAAACACAGCAGUGGUAAAAUAGGCAUGGGCACAUUUGUAAUUCCCCUUGGCCUACCUGUACAAUACUUUGUAUUUCACAACAACAGAAACGCCUGUCACCUGUCGAUCAUUUGCUAGACAUAUUUAAAUCAUGAAUCUGAUGAACGAGGGCCAAUCACUUGGAUUGUAUUUCAGAUGGAAGUAAAUAAUAUCGAAAUUAUUGUAGCAGGUCAGCAGGCCUACUGAUAUGAUAAUGCAAAACUGCCGAGCUAUCAUUUAACCCACUUACACCUAAUUCGUCUCGUGUUUUAUGCAAAGCGAUCAGGUGGCGAACUUUGCUAAUGAGUUCGAUUUUAUGCCAAAUUUAGUCCUCAUUACAAUUUUCCUAGGCGCGGAAAAGCUAUUAAAUUGAGGGCAACGUUAGAUUUAAAGUGACAGAGAACUAAACUUUUUAUUUUUAUUUAUUCAUUAUUAUUAUUAUUCUUAAUUUUGGGUGUUUCUGCAAUUGGCCAAGUGUUGGUUGUUCGGCGCUCUGAACAGUCAAUGCCAAAUAAGUCAACUAAAUAAACCCAGGAGUUUAUUGCAACUCUUCCCGCUUUCACAGGUAGGUGUCAGACUUGCUCCUAAUUUAAGGUUUUCGUUGCUAAUCUGUUUUUAGGGUGUAUCUUCCUCGAGAUGGCCCAAACAAGCCAGACACUGCCCAUGCAGAAACAACGACACUCCUAAUGACGCAAACCUCCCACCGUAUUAAUUUGUCCGCUUGCAUCUAUGCUAAUUAUGCACGUGCUGCCGGAUUAAAACGUGUACUAAGCGGUGUUUCCUUCGGGCAGUUUUCCCAGAUUCGCUUUUCAAAGGCAAAAUUGCACUUAUGUCUUUUGGACUUAUGAUCAUUUCUACAUAAAACAAUGACGAACUGUUAAAACGCUUCAUCCAAGUUUCUGAUACCUUACAGUUUGUGUAGGCUAUAAAAACCAGUUCUCAUAUAAGAAACCGACGCUCUGCACAUUCAGAAUUCAGCGAGUUCACAUUAGCAACGCUGGUGGUGGUGGUGGUGAUGAUGAUGGUGAUGAUGAUGAUGAUAUUAUUAUUAUUAUUAUUAUUAUUAUUAUUAUUAUUAUCAUCAUUAUGGAAUGCAUUGUUGUUAUUUAUAUUGCUUUUAUUGUUAUGGCUAUCAUUAGGCCUACUGAAUGAAUUAUUAUGAUUAUUAUUAUGGGGCUAUUGUUCAACAUACAUAUGAAAGCAAAUGUAUAAGAUUUUUUAAAUGGACUAAAAUAGAAAAACAUUGGAAAAAUUUGAAAAAGAAUCACGAUUUAAAACGCAACCAAAUAAUUUAAUUAAUAAUGUGUGGAAUGCAUUUCAAUAUAUGCUUAAAUAUACAAUUACAUUACACAAUAAUUAUUAUUAUUGUAAUAAUAGCCAUCAUCAUCAUCAUCAUCAUCAUGCAAGUCGGGUAGGCUAACAAUUGAUUGUUCUUGUCUGAAAGGGAUUUCCCCCUUAAAAGGUUCCGUCAUCAAUCUCUGUAGUUUGCCUUCUGCACUCCGGCUGAAAACUCCCCAGGGCUUUCUAAAAUUCUCACAGCUUUAAUGUCCUCUACGUUGAGUCACAUAGACAGCGGGUUUAUUUUAACCUAUCGGAGUGUGUUUUCGCUGUGAUUACAACACAUCAACAAGCUAAAUUUCUUUCAAAAAUGUUUUUUUGCAGGGCAAAUUUAAAAUGACCAAGGCGCUUUACCCUUAAAUGACACGGACUGUCAAUGAAAUACGUUGUUCCCAAACGAUUUCUUAUGUGCUGUUGUUUCAUUACUUAAACGAAGCAAAUAAUACAAAUACGUUGUAUUUAUUAUCAUUUACAUACUUUUUGUGUUAUACAAAUGUUUGAGAUGAGAAUCAUUCUUCUCAUAAUUUUGUGUAGAAUUAAAUGCAUUUUUGUCCGGAACAACCUUACAACAGAAUUGUGUACUUCUGAUAUUAAAUUACGACGGUGGGCAUUGCGUAUCUGGACAGAUAUUGUCAAAAAUUCUUAUAGCAACAUGUGUGUGUGAAGUUUUGAUAGAUAUAUAUGGCCAUUUAAAUUGAUUACCAUGUUGUAUACCAAACCUAUUUAUAUUCUGAAUGUCGUUUCGAAAAUAUGAGAAUAAGUUUUAUAUAUAACUUAUAACUUAAAAAAAAAGAUUGCGAGAAAUUAGCAUAUAUGCGUUAGUUUUUGUUUAAUUCUGUAUUCACAAAUAGGAACUUCUGCACAUAAAGUCACAUUUUAAAUCUUCGUAAAACAUUUGGUUAAUUAAAUCCAAUCUCACACCACCGUAUUAUAGCCUACCCUACUAAAUCCUAAAUACUCACGACCAAAGCUUUUUUGGCACCGUUAUCCAAUUCAAUAACAAAUAUUUGCGCUGUAUGCUGUUAAUCCACUCAGCAACGUAUUGUUAUUGAGCUGAGAAAGCAGCCUACCUGAUUCGUUGUAAAACUUUGCGAAUGACACCAUGAUACGAUAAUAUUAUAAAGCUAUUCAGCCUAACUUUGACCAACUUUUUUUUCGUAUUCUUCUUCGCCUCUCUUCCAGUUGAAUGGCUAGCUGGUUCAUUGUUAGGAAGCAAGGCAUGGACUUACAACGUGAGAACGUCAAGUGAGAGCGAAACGGUUCCCAUGUGCGGAAGAAAAAAAAAGGGCAAAGCACGAGUAAUUGAGAUAGCUUUUAUUACACCUCGACGUCAGUGUAAAUUACAAUAGGAAGACGUAUAGGCCCACUGCGAUAAAAUGCUGGCCUAAUUGUUCAUAUGAAUUUAAAUUCCAGUUAGCUUAUAAAGAAAUAAAAAAGAACGUUUCCAGAAAUUGAAUAACAAAAAAAAAAAAAAAAAAGUUCGAGGAACAGGGCACAAUCAUAAAUAGCCUAUGCGGAGGCCUAGUUGAAAAAAAAAAUCGGGUCAAGCCACGAUGGAUGUUUUACUCGUUUGACAACAAACACUAUUGGCCCACAGCUAAUCGCAAGCCCAUUGCCCCGGGAACACCUUUUAUAAUUACUGAGUUGUUUGCAUUUUUACUGUCUAUUUCUGAUUAAAUGGUUUUAAAUUCAUAUGCCUCCGUAAAAUCACACCACAUGUAUUCCAGGAGACAGCAGUGGACUAAGGCGAUGUCCAUAAUACACAUGGUUUUGGAAGUAUUUUAAUGUUCAAGAAAAAAAAACAUAAAUUUGAUUGAACACAAAUACAUAAAUUCCAUGCAUUAAUCAUUACAACUACUGGCCAGCAAGUUAGUCAGUUUGGCGUUAACCUGUGCAAAUAAGUGUAAAUUGCAGCACAUAUGCUAUGCAAUGUUCCAUGUGAUAAUACAAACUUUAUGAAUGCAACAGAAAUGUUUUUGAUUUAAUACGUUUUACGAUAUGAAUAACCUAAAAUAAAAAUAAAACAAUAUUUGGCUUUAUUUUUAAAACCAAAUUUUCUAAAUAUCGAUAAGGUUUUCGCUACAAAACAAGCCCACCGGGAGCUUGUUGGAUCGUUGCGCAGCAGAGAAGGCGCCAGCUGUUCCAGAAUAGGCCUAUCAUAGUGGUCCAAGACCCUGAUGCACGCCGGUAUAUGGAGACGUGCAGAAAGGCGCGGUGUUUGUUUGCGGUUCACGUAGCCCACAUAGAGCCCACUUAUCUGCGCGGCGUGCGUAGCCACAAUCCUCUUCACAGAAGGGACUCUGAUUAUGAACAGAACAAUUCGCAAUAUUUUCAUUGCCUUUAAUUUUUCAAUUUAGAGAUUUUCUCUCUUUUUUUUUUUGUUUCUUUGAUUUAAAAAAAAAAAAAAGUUCACUAUUUAUUUUUCCUCCGUAGUGAGAAACGCUAUGUCGUCAAACCAGUACGCACGUUGAAUUCUUGCAAUUAGAAAUCCACAUUUAUUGAUUUUUAGAAACGGGUUAUUUUAACAAAGCAGUUGUUGUACUAAAAAGUUUCUUCCACCUGUCUACCGCACAACAUGCCGAUUGCAAAAAUACUAUUAUCCAGCCUAUAUAAACGUUUUUUUUUUUCCUGAAGUUUUUAUCAAUAUGCACUGCAUUGCCAACAUGCCUAUAAUAAAAUAUAGGAUAUAUUUGUCUAAAUAAAGAUAAUUGCAGUGCCCACGUUUUUGCUUUUCAGGUAAUACUGUCUGGAAAGAUUAAUUCGACGUUCGAUAGCAUACUUACGGAUUUUACAGAUUAACUGAAAUUUUUCGUCUGACAAUAACUGUCAUUUUCCUGAAAUAAUAAUUUUCCUUUCAGCACCACAGAUUUAAGUUACAUAGGCUGGAAAAAGAGGGACCGGAUCUUUUGCGUUGGUCACUCAUACUGAGCUUAGUGUGGCUUCUUUAAUAAUUUAAUUUUGCUUUAGGUUUUUUAUGAUUUACAGUUAGCAGAACUAUGUAGCUUUCUCAUGAAAAUAUCGAACAUUACUGAUUUCAUAAAAAUGACACAUUUCUAUUGUGUGGCAAAACAAGAACAUAAAGGCACCUAUGCCGGUUGGAAUUAUAUAAAUUGCGUUUACAUAUACAAGACAAUAUAUUAAAAAACUUAUUUUAGAUUCAAUAACACACAGUCAUUUCACACCAUGCUUAUUAACACGUUAACUGAAUUUGGCAGAUAAAUGAAGCGCUAUUUUGAUAAUAAUUGUUUAAAUACAGUCGCGGCACUGUUCUUAAGUUUUACAUAAACAAUCUCGCUACGUUUAUACAUGGCUGACCAGGCACCAACUGAGAAGAAUAAACAUCAGUUCAAAUGUGUAAAAGGAUACCCCCCCUUUAUGUGACUUGCUUAAAUUAUUAGUGAGACCAUCUGUGGAAUAGUACCACAGCAAGUGUUGCCAAAACAGACCCCCCAAUUUAACAAUAUGUUUGUCCUUUAGUUUCCAUUGGUGGAUCAAAAAACACUGGGAGACUAAGAAACGUAGUCCUAGUACUCACAAUGGCAAAAAGACAAUAUUUUAGGUGAUGAUUCAGAAUGUACUUUUUUUGCAUGUCUGAAAAGCAGUAGCCUGUCAUGGUAUGACUGUCACCGAUUUUUUUUUUAACCUGCCACACAUUCCACUCACCCACACAUCCCCCCCAAACACACACACUUACACACACACACAAUAAGUGAAGUGGAGUAGACUUUUUUUCUGAAAUCACACUGGGAAUACGGCCUCUGCUUUAUUUAAUCAUCAAAUCCCAGGAAUGAGCCUCUUAAUUAAUUAUGGGUGCUAAAAAUUCAGCCCAGCUGUUUCUCUAUGCUCGGUGUUAACUCUGCCUCGUGCACAGAGAGGACCGAGGCUGUGCUCAGGCAUAAUUUUCGCAAAUUACCGCAUUUUUUCCCCUCAAAAUGUGAACCUUAACAGGGCCCGUUUAAUCUGUUCGUCGUCCUUGAUGAAAACAAACCGAGGGGAACAAUACAAUGUGUAAAUAAGUCCUAUAUUUAUGUUUUUUUUUUUAAACUCUCAUUACUGUUAAAAGACUCACUCUUAAAAUAUUUAGGAUUACGUUGUAGGCUGACCUGGUUGAUGUGACAGUGAGUGAUUUAUAGCUGUUUGCUUCCACGUCAGCCGAAACCUCUCGGAUAGACUAUCAGCUCAUUUCAUUAAGUGGGCAAUGUCACAAAAAUAGUUCUGUGGAGCAGCAAAAUGGCACUGCCCUGGUCUCUCUCUCUCUCUCUCUCUCUCUUUAAGGUUUCAGACAGACGUCCCCUGGGGCAGAUUACACGUGAUAUUAGCAGCUGUCCAAUGUUUUAAGCAAAACCCCCUGUAAUUAACAUAAAUGCACUUAUUUAAAAAUGGCAAAAGAAGGAUAAGAUAUGUGCAUUCUAUGAAUGGAGUAAUGGAAGAACUAACUAAAUUUGACUGCUUGAGAGUGCUCUAGCAUAUUUUUUUUUUAAAUCAGCAUUCUAAGAUACAAACGAAACUUGUAUUUAUUUUAAAAUACAAGAAGGGGCAACUAACUGGAACAACAAACUAUUUAUGGACUUGAUGUAAGGUGUGAAUUUUAGACAUCAUAAUCAUGAAUCUGUCUUGUAACGUCAGCUGCGGCUUCAUAUUAUGCUGAAAACACAUCUCUUACUUCGGUUUGACAUAAUAUCUGUGUGAAAGCUUAUCCAAUCAUGCCGUAUCAAAUUUAGAGAACAUACAUGGAGAAGCAUACAAUGAAAUGCAUACACUUUUUUUUGGUGUGAGAGAAAGGACAAAUAGAUGAAUGAUUCAGAGAAUAUUAUACAGGGUGUGACACAAAUAGCUGUAUGAAUACUACCACAACUACUAUUAUUAUUAUUAUUAUUAUUAUUAUUAUUAUUAUUAUUAUUAUUAUUAUCAUUAUUGUCAUUACUACUACUCCGACUACUACAAAUUGCAAGUGGAGCCCCGUGUAAUGGACAAUGUAUCUUUCAAUCCCAAAAACAUUCAUAUUGCAGGGGACCUCUUGCAUUGGCUCACGGUGAUUUAAUGAAUGCCAUCUCAGCAGCACAUUUCUGUGCAGCGACAGCAGCGGUCAGUAUCCGGUGACAUCGCAGGCCGGUUGGUCACCGUGGCGAUGGCGGUGCUGGCGCCGCUCUAGAUCGCUCGGCCUGCGCCGCGCGGCGGGCCCCUGGGCAGCGAACGGGGUCGCGGUUUCGCGCACGCUCCGGGACGAGGCCCAGCGCGCCGGGCGGGACCACGCGCGCUUCGGCAAACACCCGGAGGGGGGGGGAGGGGGGGAGGGGACGCCGGCGGGUUGUUUGCCUUCUCACCGAGCCUCCGUGCUCCAUCACUCCAGCCUGCCGCUAAUGAGAUGUAAAUGCCCAUUUUAACUCUGUAUCAAUGUUUAAUGCUCUCCCCCUCUUUCCAGUCCGCCGUGCCGGAGACAUCGGCGACAUCAUCUACGGUACGCACGGCAGACCCCCAGACCGCAGAUAACGCAGCGUGUUACUGUACGAGCUCCGCUUUCAUCAGGCCUGAAUAAUACCGCACGCGUGCAGCUAACCUUACUUUCCAAACAAUCGCAUGCAGUGACUCUUCCCAGUGUCUUGUUCAAGAGCAUAAAAUUUUUUCGAAUGCAGGAAAACAGCAUGUCAUUACAAUUUGCUGUCCAUAACAGUAAAAAACAUAUUUAAUUCCGCUGGAAGAGGAAUUUAAUUUAAAUUUUUUUUCAGAAUGUUUCAUUUUAAAAUCAAAACAGAGCUGAGGGCAAUCGAGUUGUUUUCUCAUUCUUUGGAAUAUGUCAACAUGUCAACACAAAGACACACAUACGCAGUCACACGCCACAUAUCAGGAUUAUGGACCCUACAUUAUUACAAUCCUAGCUGUUCACGAAGACCGAUCAACUGUUUUCUUUGAGUGUCUCCAUAAAAGAAGGUAAUGAUCUACCUUGAUUGUUUAUUUACAUUUCCCUUUUUGAAAAUGAUCCCUUUCUACCCAACACCUGUUCCAGACUGUCCCGUUCUUACACGGAGGUUUAUCCUCUCCACACCUCUGAUAUGUGUCCUGAUCUGAAAUAAAAUACAAGUUCUUGCAUUAA